UGGUUUCAGGUUUCUUUAAGCAUGAAGGACGUCGAUCAAGAAACCGGUAGAGAUAUGAACCCAGUGGUGGCUGUCGCUAAGACUGAGGAAGACGAGAAGCAUUUGCGCAAUCCCGAUAGACCAACUUCGUUGCUGGAACUGCAGGGCAACUGGGACGAGGACGAGACUUGUUCCAGGAAGCGUGUGCAGAGGCUGUCGUCUCCCGAGAAGUGGGAAAUAAAGCAGAUGCUUGCUGCGUCUUGCAUCGACAGGAACGAGUUGCCAGAGUUCGAUAUGGAAACUGGAAUUCUUCCACGCGAGGACGAUGAGGAAGAGGACGUGGAAAUCGAGCUAGUGGAAGAGGAACCGCCAUUUCUGCAUGGCCACGGCCGGGCUCUUGGAGAUCUAAGUCCUGUUCGCAUUGUUAAAAAUCCUGAUGGUUCUUUGGCGCAAGCUGCAAUGAUGCAAAGUGCUCUGGCGAAAGAGAGGAGGGAACAGAAAAUGCUGCAGAGAGAGCAAGAAAUGGACUCUGUGCCGACAGGCCUCAAUAAGAAUUGGAUUGACCCUUUGCCAGAAGCUGAGAGCAGGACUCUGGUAGCGAAUAUGCGAGGAAUUGGUUUGCAGACCCAGGACCUUCCUGAAUGGAAGAAGCACGUGAUAGGCGGCAAGAAGUCGUCUUUUGGAAAGAAAACGAAUCUAACUUUGUUAGAGCAGCGCCAGAGCCUGCCGAUAUACAAGCUCAGAGACGAUCUAGUAAAGGCAGUCACUGAUAAUCAAAUUUUGAUAGUAAUUGGCGAAACAGGCUCAGGAAAGACCACCCAAAUCACACAGUACUUGGCCGAGGCUGGGUUCACUGCUCGUGGGAAGAUCGGAUGCACUCAACCCAGAAGAGUGGCUGCUAUGUCAGUCGCCAAAAGAGUGGCUGAAGAAUUUGGUUGCCGUUUGGGACAAGAAGUAGGCUACACGAUUCGUUUCGAAGACUGUACCGGCCCGGAGACCAACAUAAAGUACAUGACUGAUGGUAUGCUGCUGCGUGAAUGCCUUAUGGACCUUGAUCUGAAAACUUACUCCGUUAUAAUGUUGGACGAGGCGCAUGAACGCACGAUUCACACCGAUGUCUUAUUCGGUUUGCUUAAGCAGGCAGUAGGAAGAAGGCCAGACCUCAAGCUCAUCGUCACGAGUGCCACUCUGGACGCUGUGAAAUUCUCACAAUACUUUUUCGAAGCUCCAAUCUUCACUAUUCCUGGCAGAACGUUUGAGGUAGAGGUGAUGUACACGAAGGAACCGGAGACUGACUACCUGGAUGCUGCGCUGAUUACAGUGAUGCAGAUUCACUUGAGAGAGCCACCAGGCGACAUAUUA